AUAGUGUUUAGCAGGUUCCUUCUGUGACUUAGUGUGUGUGUGUGAGUGCGUACCUCUUCAUUGUGUUCUUCUUUGGUAGUACAAUUGUAUCAACAUGCUUCUGUGGAAUUUAAUUUGCUUUAUCACAUUUAUUUUAGUUCCAUGUGCCAGCAGAGAUUUGAUAUCUGCCCAGUAUGGCUUCCACGAUCAUGGUGUUGAAGGUAUGCCAGCCCCACCUGCGCACUUCCUUAUACACGCCUUCUUCCAGCCGUAUCAAGAAUUAAAAGAUAUGACUUGUAUAGAAUGUAAAACAGCUGCUGCCGCUCUGGACACAAUGAUGGCUGCUGGGGCUACAGUGGAAGAGUUAGAAAAUAUUGCUAUAACGGAAUGUAUCAACUUUAACCUCUUUCCAAGUGAUGUUUGCUCUGGCAUGGUAAAACUUUGCGGAGCAGAAGUGCUUUAUGUGCUCAACAACACUGACUACAAGUAUGAUACCAUCUGUGGCUGGUUGCUAGGUGGCCACUGCCAAAAUACAGAGCUGGUACCAUGGACCAUAGAGAUUCCUGGAGGCAAACCUGAGCCAUACCACCCUGAACCAGACCAGAACACACCCAAUGUGGUGCGGAUCCUGCAUUUAACAGACACUCACGUUGACCUUCUGUAUGAUGAAGGAAGUGCCAUGAGAUGUGAUCAUCCACUGUGUUGCCGUCAUGAAUUUGGUGAACCCGGCCCUGGGGAGGCUGGAGCAGGUCACUGGGGAUCAUUGGCCAACUGUGAUAUUCCACUAAAUACACUUGAGGAAUUAAUAGCUCAAGCUGCUCUCACUAACCCUGAUCUUGUAUAUAUGACGGGAGAUCUUCCAGCCCAUGAUGUAUGGGCACAAGAUCAUGCAAGUAACCUGGCUGCAAUAAACGUUACUAACAGUCUCCUUAAGCAGUACUUCCCUGAUACACCUGUCAUUAACGUUCUUGGUAACCAUGCAUCAGCACCAGUUAACAGCUUCGUAGUACCUGCAGCUUACGAUGAUGGUUGGAACAUGAGUUGGUUGUAUGAUGGCGUUGCCAGCAUUUGGUCACACUGGCUACCAGAAGAAGUCAAUGCUGAUAUAAAGCUUGGUGGUUUCUUUUCCUACUCGCCUCUGCCAGGUCUUCGAGUUGUAUCUAUCAAUAUGAACUUCUGUAAUACUGAAAACUGGUGGUUGUUGCUGGAUAAUUACGACCCGGUAGGGGAGCUACAGUGGCUCAUGAAUACCCUUGAUCUAGCCGAGUCUUCUGGUGAGCUGGUCCAUAUUUUGGGUCAUAUUCCUCCUGGCAGCGGUGACUGUGAUCGCACCUGGAGUCACGUCUUUAAUCAAAUUAUUGCCAGAUAUGAGUCAACAAUUCGAGCAAUAUUUUUAGGACACACACAUGGCGACUCUUUACAAGUUUAUUAUGAUCCAGACGACAACACUCGACCCGUCGCUGCAGCAUUUAUCACUCCUGCAGGUACGACAGGCAGUGCCCAUAACCCGUCCUUUAAAGUCUUCACGGUUGACGGUGGACAUCAGGACGCAACUUGGUCAGUGAUAGACGUGGAAACAUACAACAUGAACCUGACAGAGGCCAAUAUGGAGGGCGGCACUCCGGAUUUCAGUCUCAGGUACUCAACACAAGAAUCCUAUGGUAUAACAUCUUUGACUCCAGCUAGUAUUGACCAACUUGUUUUAAAUAUGGCUACCGAUGAAAGUCUUUUCAAAAAAUAUGAAUUGAAUACACAAAAUACAUGGUCAGAUAUACCUGAUGACUGGAGCUGUGACAAAGAUUGUUACAAAGGAAGUCUGUGUAGGCUUGUCACAGGUGAUUCCUCAAACCAUGAGCCAUGUGAUCGCAUCAGCGCUGUUAUUGAUGGACUUCAACGUUAGAAGAAAUGAAGAUAUACUUCAUCAAAAUGUGGCAUUCCUAGCAUCAUGAAAAUGGAGUUUAAAAAUUUUGAAUUGCUUUUUCAAUAAUGAAAAAAAUCAAGACAGAAGUUUAUUUCAUAUUUUUAUAGAAUUAUUGGGAAAUAUUCAUAUUACAUUUAAUUUAUUUCAUGAUAAUUCAGAAUAAAAAUGCAUGUUGACUAUUAAACAAAAUUAAUUGAAUGUAUUAUUCAGAACUAUUUUAAUUAUAUUAUUUACUUGUGCAA